AUGGCGUCCCCUUCGAAUCAACCAGCUCCGACUCGGGAGCCGACACCAGGUCCGGCACCCUCUCAGCAGAACCCAACUCCCCCUCCCUCCACACCCCCUGCUCCGCAGCCCACACCCAGCCCCCAGCCUUCAGAGUCGCCAAAGGACUCUCCGCAGCCAAACCCAUCCACCCCUCCUGCACAGCCGGAGCCCUCGAGUCCACCGAACCAACCUCAGCCUCAACCCCAACCCCGUCCUUCAGGCAACAACCCUCCACCCGCCCCUGAUAGUUCUUCAGCGCCCAACUCGCCUCCCUCCCAAAGCCAGAACCCAAACCCAAACCCUCAAACCCCUUCGCCGGGAGCUACGCAGACUGCAUCCCCCGAUAACACGAGAACAGUAAUCAUCACUUCCACCGCAGAGCCAUUUCCGUCCGCCGGUGACAACCAAUUCCCCGGCAUGACCAAUUCCACUCCACCAUCGGCACUUCCCACCAGUUCCACUGCCGCCCGACCCUCUGGAGGCCUCCCUCCCAGCGGCGCCAUCGUGCUCGCCGUCGUCGUCCCCAUGGUCUCAAUAACAGCAAUCAUCCUCGUCCUGCUCUGGUGGUGGCGGCGACGCAAAGCAGCCAAACUCGCCGAGGAAGAGCGCAAACAGGAAAUCGAGGAAUACAGAUUCAACCCCAACCACGACCCAACCUUGCCGUCCGUCGGCCUGGCUGGCGGCAAUUACGACGACAUCGUGGGCAUGAAAGACGGGAACGGUGGCGGAUAUCGCGGCUGGGGCAACACCACCACCGCCGCCGCAGCCACCACCACCACCACCACCACCUCGCGAAAGCGCUCGACAAAUCCCUCCAGCGGCGCAGGUGGCUUGAACGUCUCCGACAACGGCAGCAACCAAGGCCCACCUCGCAACGUAUCCCCCGUCGACGACUCCAUCCCCUACGAAGAUGACCACAGACCGAUAUCGGGCGACUACUCAUCCCUCGACCCUGUCGCCGCAGGUACUGCAGGCACCGCAGGUGUUCCUCUAGCUCCCAACGCCAAUAACCGCAGCCAGAACAUCCACCGCGGCCUCUCGAAUGCCUCCUCCGCCUAUUCCAUGGCUGGCCACUCGGAUAUCUCAGAUGAUCUGCCCAUCCCCGGCGUGGCGCCUGGCAACGCCCAGUACUAUGACGAGGCGACGUAUUAUGCCGCGGAAGGGGGCCAGCAUGGCGGGCCGUUUGUAGAUAAUCCGUAUGGUGGGGGCCCCCCUGUUAUUCGGGAUGUGCAGGCGAGGCGGAAUACCCGGAUUGAGAAUCCGUCUGUGUUUCCGCAGCAGGGGAAUGCGGGAAUAUCGCAGAAUUUUUAG